AUGGAGAGUCGAUUGUCGACACGCCGCGAAGGUGUGGCCCUCGGGGCAAACUUACCCCGAGUCAGUGGUAUCGCAGAGGAUAAUGACAACGAAGACGAAAAGAUUUACUACGGCUUCGGUGUCUUCAUGGGACUCCCGCUUGCCGAACUUAAGGCUAUAAAAGAAAAAUUUGUGGAACAGCAAGCGCUCACCGGCGAACCUCCACAGCGCACCCUACCACAUCCUGCCGUGACGGAUGGACUAACACAUCAUAUUGAGGACGAUGAAGGUGUACGCGAAAACCAGGACAGUUUACGUAUGGUGCCGACCCAUACCCAGCAACAACAACCGCAACACCCGUCGCAUGUGAAUGGCUACGAAACUCCGCGUAGCGACAGCCAGUCACGGGAAUACGGAAAUGAACGUGAUCGCUACAGUCAAGGACAGCUAAAUGUUGAAAGGGAUGAGGGAGGCGAUAACAGUGACACUUCGGACGAGUUUGGCCAAAAAUCGCACUCACUUAACUUCAUUCUGCACUGA